AUGGACCGAUCGCGGGCUAGGCCAGUCUACGGUCUCCGCCAGGUGCCCCCCGCAGAUGGGGAUACGUUUGAGUUUGGCGCAGAUGGGGAUACGUUUGAGUUUGGCGCAGAUGGGGAUACGUUUGAGUUUGGCGCAGAUGGGGAUGCGUUUGAGUUUGGCGCAGAUGGGGAUGCGUUUGAGUUUGGCGCAGAUGGGGAUGCGUUUGAGUUUGGCGCAGAUGGGGAUGCGUUUGAGUUUGGCGCAGAUGGGGAUGCGUUUGAGUUUGGCGCAGAUGGGGAUGCGUUUGAGUUUGGCGCAGAUGGGGAUACGUUUGAGUUUGGCGCAGAUGGGGAUGCGUUUGAGUUUGGCGCAGAUGGGGAUGCGUUUGAGUUUGGCGCAGAUGGGGAUGCGUUUGAGCUAUAG